UAUGAGGUAGAGAAGCACAGUGGAACUGAUGGGCACAGAUCUCUGAACUCUCAGCCUGUAGCAAAGAUGGUAAUAAAUCUGAGGGACUUUUACAUGAACACAUUAAUUUACAGAUCAUUGGGAGUGGUCUGGUAUUUUGCUGUGGUCUUCCUUGCCCUGGGGACUGAAGUCCCAUUUGAUGUCACUGUUUGGUUAUAUGUUUACAAUAGACUCCCUUCGAGGAUUGGUUUUCUUACCUUUGCGCAGAAAGUCCUUUUUAAAAAUUUCUUAUGUGACGAUCGGUCAGUUAUUUUUGACUUCCAAAUUGCCAGCGGUUUAGACCAACUGUUUGAUUCAGACGGACCCCAAAAUUGGGUACGUUAAAGGAAAAACAGCUGGGCUGUUGGAAGAAGCGAGAACUAGCAAAGUCUUUGACUGAACUUUAGGGUGAGAACUGCCUGGGACGAAGAAAGCACAAUGGAAGAUGGCUGAAAGCCGCAAAAGACUACUGAGCACCCUGGAUCUGGGUAUCUUUGGACGAGUUCUUUUGAAUUGAUGGAUGUGUGAAACUGCUAAUAUGUAAACCACAAUCUGAUGGAUUUAGUGUGUAAGAGAAACAUGAGGACAGGUUAAAACAGGAGGUAAUCUUCUUGAAGAUGUAAAACUGCAGCACAACAGCAGUAAUGGGACAACCUAUUGCAGAAAGAUGUCGGCUGUGUCAAGACCUCUUCAAACAAGGAGCUGAACCCACAGAAUUAUGUGACCAACAAAGCCUGAGCCUUUUGCUUCACAAUGCAGUCCAGAUCCCUCGGCAGCUGGGUGAGGUACCUUCAUUUGGAGGCAGCAACAUUGAACCAAGUGUCCGCAGUUGCUUCCAACAUGGCCAGAACAAACCAGAGAUUGAUGUUAAACACUUUGUAGAGUGGAUGAGAUUGGAGCCUCAGUCCAUGGUGUGGCUGCCUGUUCGACACCGUGUGGCAGCUGCUGAAACUGCAAAACAUCAGGCUAAGUGUAACAUCUGCAAAGAGUACCCACUCGUAGGUUUCAGACAACAUCAGGUGAAGAUGUGCGUGAUUUCACCAAGGUGCUGAAAAAUAAGUUCAGAUCAAAGAAAUACUUGGCCAAGCAUCCUCGUUUGGGUUAUUUCCCAGUACAAACAGUCCUAGAAGGACACAAUCAUCGCCUUGGAAGCUUCAUCACGAUACUACUUUGCAUUUCUGAAGAGGGAAGAAGAAAUCAACAUGCAAAUUCAAUUCCAUGGUUUUGGAAGUCCCUUUGAGAACACGAUUCAUUUGCGCCGGCAUAAUGCUCUG